UGGGAGUCAUGGGACCAAAUUGGAGUCUUAUGACGCGAGACUUCCUGUUGUAGUCGGAUGAUACAGAGACACCGCGUUCAGUACAAACACAUCACGGUACCACACAGUAUGCAUUUGCCGAUUGAAGCUCCCACCUGCAGGUGAUCUUCUCCACCUAAUCAGCUUCCUCCUUCCGUCACCAUGCCCACUGAACAACAGACCACUUCUCUACCCCAACCCAGCCCAGAGUGCUUUUCCUGGGACUAUCGCCUUCAGCUCAUCAGCCUUGGCUUUGGGUUCUACACGGCUGUAUUUCUCCUCUCCCAUCUCCUGUCACUAGCUCUGUGCUACACUUACAAUGCUCUCCCAGCCAAAGAGAAGGUCUUCUGGAACCUGGCAGCCACUCGGGCAGCGUUUGGCAUUCAGAGCUCUGUGGCAGGACUCCGGGCUCUGACUGAGGAGUCCGCGUUAAGCAAAGACAAAGUGAUUGGCCAGGAAGACUGGUCAUGGUUUCAUGUCCUCACAGCUACCGGCUUUUUUGUGUUUGAGAAUGUGGCACUACAUUCAUCUAGUGUCGUAUUCCGGUCAUUCGACUUGCCCUUGGCCACACACCAUUUCUUCGCCCUGUCAGGAUUUGCAGGUGCUGUGGUGUUUGAUUCUCAAGGACACUUCCUGGCAAUGGUUACUCUCCUCCUGGAGAUGAGCACACCUUUUACCUGCAUCUCCUGGAUGCUGCUGAAGGCUGGCUGGGCUCGCACUCUGUUCUGGAGAGCCAACCAGUGGGUGAUGAUCCACAUGUUCCACUGCCGAAUGGUGCUCACUUAUUACAUGUGGUGGGUGACUCUGACCCACUGGGAGAGGAUGAACACCCACGUGGCGCUGUCCCAAAGGCUGAUCUUCUUCUCUGGACUCGCUCUGCUCACAUUCAUCAUCAACCCCAUCUGGACGCACAAGAAGACCAUGCAGCUGCUAAACCCUGUGGACUGGAACUUUGGGAACAAGCUGGCACCGGCUAAUGACGUUGCAGAGAAUCAGUCUGGGGUUUCUAGAAAACCCCAUAAAAACUGAAAAGCAUUUACAAGAUCCCAAUCUGUCGAACUUGCACUGCUUUUGUAUUCCACUUCUGAUAAUUUAUGUUUUAGAUUAACACUUUUAAGAGUAUGAAAAGCAAUUUGGUUAUAUAUGGUCGUGUGAUCUAAUCAUGCUGCGUGUCGCAACAGUCUUCCAUCAUGUUGUUUUCAAUAGAUUUGUCUCAGUUACCAUUUUUUUAAUCUUAUUUCGGGUAGAAAAGGGUGUAUUUUUAAAUCAGUUUUGUAGAAGAUAUCCAAUACUCUCUGGGGAAAAAAAUACAAAUAAGAUGUUUCCUCGAGCUCUGCAGCUGUCACACACGUACAGCAGAGUUUUUGUUUAAUUUGAGGAAACUGACUUAUUUGUCGGAUCCAUUAAAACCUAAAUGGACAAAUUAGUUUGCAGUCAUCUUGGAGAGCAAGUCUUCCCACCUCAGUGCAGCAGAGAUUUGUCAGUGCACACAAAAAGCUUUUCUUCUUUAUCAAUGGAAGAAAGCACUGGAAUUGUUGCCUUCACAAAGGCCUUACUGUCUGAAAUGGAGAUGCAGUGUGACAAAAGUGAAA